GUAGUUCCUCUGUGUUUGUGGGCUAUCUCACACUCACCUGUUUAACACUUGGACUUCCUCUGUCAAUUCAUUGUGAGCAGACACUCAGGGAGGGAGACAGGGAGCAGAUCUCUCAGCCUCAGGGGAACUUUAAAAAGGGAACUGUAUCCUUCCAGUCACCAUGGACACUUUUUUCCGCCGGCAUUUUAAGAGGAAAGAGACCGGAGAAGCUGCGAACGAUGGGCAUUUAACUGAAGCCUGUCGGCACAGGAGGCCGAGCAUUGCUGUGCCAACUAGCCGCGCCCGUCGGCGCUCCAGCAUAGGCCUUCCAUCCACUGCGUUGGCCCAACGACGACGCUCAAGCGUCCAUCUACAGUCAUUACCCCGAAUCACUGCCAGUCAACCAGCACAGAAAAGUAAUGGUAGACGCCGAUCCAGCACCACCACCCCAAAGGCCAAUCCUCGCUUUGCCGUUCGCCGCAAGAAGGUAGGCAAGCUCCGCAAUAUCGAUACGCACCUCCUGGGCCCGUCCAUGCUGCUGGCCAGCUUGAUCCAGAUGACAGAGGAAGAAGAGGAGGAAGAGGAAGGCCGUAGCCCACUGCCAGGGCAGGUGGAACUCAAGGGAAGCAGCCCAAAGUUCAGGAGUCAAACAGAUAUGCUUUUCUCAGAGGGGGACAGCGAUAGCGAGGACUCCAGAAGCGACUCGGAUGAGAGUCACCACUCAGAGCAUUGCAAGGAGCGACUGGAGGAGGCCGAUGUCUUGGACUGGGAAAUGAAAGAAUCCACCAUCUUGUGUAAGCAGGACUGCCUUCCUCUGGCUGUGGUGGCAGAGCGAAUCCAGGCCCACCCACUGAUCCGAGUUCCACGCUGCCUUCGGAGGAACUCGUCGCAUUAUGGGCAUGCAGAGCCAGGCCAGCGCGGCCGCUACUGCCGCAGCAGCCAGAGGAGGCGUCGUAGACGGGUUUCGACCAUCUCUAAAGCGGGAAGCCCCUGGCCAGGGAGAGGCCUGCCACUUCCCAACCGAAGAAGCUCCACCUGCUUCAGGGGCCAAUCAUCUCUCAGUCCUCUCAUGGGGGCCUAUUAUGAUCCCAGCCUGGAGACUUGGAGUGGAUUCCUGUCGAAAGCCAUCGCCAAGGCUGGUGUGCCAAAUACUGCUGCCCAGUCCAGUGCCACAAUACCCGGCAAAAGUGAACCAAGCAAAGGGAUCUGCAGCACUGUCGAUUGGACUGAAAAUGCCCAGUUUGGUCAACAUGUGUGGUUUGAGACCAGUCCAUCUGGAGACUUCUGUUACGUUGGAGAGACGUAUUGCUUUGCAAAGUCCCUGCAAAAGUCUCUUCCUCGUCACAAAUGUGCAUCCUGCAAAAUAUCUGUUCACACUAUAUGUAUGGAUCAACUGGAGAAGAUUAACUUCAGGUGUAAGCCAUCAUUUAAGGAUCCAGGGAUGAGAAACGUCAGAGAGACCCCAAACAUGAGACAUCACUGGGUCCACAGGAGACGGCAAGAUGGAAAAUGCCGGCAAUGUGGAAAGGGUUUCCAGCAGAAGUUCUCUUUCCACAGUAAAGAUAUUGUGGCCAUCAGCUGCUCCUGGUGCAAACAGGCAUAUCACAACAAGGUGACCUGCUUCAUGCUACAGAAAAUUGAUGAAACCUGUUCUCUUGGAGCUCACGCGGCUGUGAUAAUUCCUCCUACCUGGAUCAUCAGAGUCCGCAGACUGCAGGGAUCAUUAAAGAACAGUAAAAGAAAGAAGAAAACGUCUCUUAAAGCCAAGCCCAGCAAGAAAGUCGGGGAGCAGGACGGCAAAUGGAAACAUUUCGUUGUGAGACCGAUUCCGUCCCAGCUCAUGAAGCCAUUGCUGGUGUUUGUCAAUCCAAAGAGUGGCGGAAACCAGGGAACGAAAAUCAUCCGGUCUUUCAUGUGGUACCUGAACCCUCGGCAAGUGUUUGAUCUCACUCAGGGAGGCCCGAGAGAUGGGUUAGAAAUGUACAGCAAAGUGCCCAACCUGCGGAUCCUGGUUUGUGGAGGAGAUGGAACGGUUGGCUGGAUUCUUUCGGUGCUGGAUGAGCUCCAGUUAAACCCUCAGCCUGCUGUGGCCGUACUGCCGCUCGGGACAGGAAAUGACCUGGCAAGAACUCUCAACUGGGGCGGGGGCUACACAGAUGAGCCGGUGACUAAGAUCCUGUCACAUGUAGAAGACGGAAACAUCGUCCAACUGGACCGAUGGAACCUGAGUGUGGAGCCGAACCUAGAGGUCAGUGAAGAGGAGAAGGAUGAGCACCAGACAGACAAGCUUCCCAUUGAUGUCUUUAACAAUUACUUCAGCCUUGGAUUUGACGCACACGUGACUUUGGAGUUUCACGAAUCCAGAGAGGCCAAACCUGAAAAGUUCAACAGCCGCCUUCGCAAUAAGAUGUUUUAUGCAGGGACAGCUUUUUCAGACUUCCUCAUGGGCAGCUCCAAAGAUCUGUCCAAACACAUCAAGGUGGUGUGUGAUGGUACUGAUCUGACCAGUAAAGUCCAAGAUCUGAAACUUCAGUGCCUCCUUUUCCUCAACAUUCCCAGAUAUUGCGCUGGUACGAUGCCAUGGGGGAACCCGAGUGAACACAAUGACUUUGGCCCGCAGAAACAUGACGAUGGGCUCAUUGAGGUCAUCGGAUUCACUAUGACCUCCCUGGCAACCCUGCAGGUUGGAGGACAUGGUGAGAGGCUUCAUCAGUGUCAGGAGGUGAUUUUGACAACCUUUAAGCCUAUACCUGUGCAGGUGGAUGGAGAACCCUGUAGACUGGCUCCAUCUGUCAUCCACAUCACCCUCAGGAACCAGGCAAAUAUGCUGCAGAAGACCAAGAGAAGAAUCUCUCUACCACAACUCAACGAUCAGCAGCCCAUCACAGAGAUAGUUCAGAUCCAGGUGAACCGCAUCAGCAUGUGUGAUUAUGAAGCUCUGCAUUAUGACAAGGAACAGCUCAGGGAGGCAUCAAUCCCCAUGGGGGUAAUUAUGGUUCCCGGAAACAGUGAUUUGGAGACGUGUCGGCUGCAUAUUGAGAAGCUACAUGAGGAGGGGGAGGGUGUGAAUACAGACACACUGCUACUCAUGCCAAAGCUUUCACCAAAAUGGUGCUUCCUGGACUCUACAACUGCAGACCGUUUCUACAGAAUAGACCGCGGUCAGGAGCAUCUAAACUAUGUGACGGAGAUCUCCCAGGAUGAGCUUUUUAUCUUGGACCCGGAGCUGGUCACCAAGGAGACGGUGGGCACGUCGCCCGGAAUGCCGGGAGCGAUGGAAACCAUGGGGGGAUGUUCCAACAGCAUGGACCAGUUUGCUUUUCCUGCUUGUUCUCCUGGGCCUUCUCCACUGUGCAGGAGGGGAGCAAAAAUUAUGAAUAUGAAUCGUUCAAACACAGCCGAAGGAGACCCAAGAUUAGAUAUCUGGAACAACGCAGAUCAAGAAUCAAUAAACAUGCUCUUUGAGGCUGUGAAAUCUGACAACUUUGAAAAGCUGGUACAAAUGCAUGAAAAUGGAACAAAUUUGUUGGUCCAGGACCGGUUCGGCUGUACUCUCCUCCAUUAUGCUGUCGAUGUCAGCAACAAAGAGAUUGUCAAAUAUGUAAUUGAUAAUGCUCCUGCCUGUAUCCUGGAUGUGACUGAGAAAUCAACAGGGGAGACGGCGUUGCAUAAGGCAGCUAUAUCGUGCCAGAGAACGAUCUGCUGUUACCUGGUGGAGGCAGGUGCGUCCCUCGUGAAGACAGACCUACAGGGUGAAACUCCAAAGAUGUAUGCGGAGAAAGCUCAAGACUUUGAACUGACUGAGUACUUAGAAAACCGGCAGCACUACCAGAUGAUCCAGAGAGAUGACCAUGAGACCGCUGUGUGACCGGCCUCCAAAACUGCCGUUCUCAACAACCACUGAGGCAUAAUUCGCCUCUCCCAGGUCCGGUUUAUCUGGAUGUUGUGAGGCAGCAUGUCUACGGAAAUUAGUUUGUUUGCUUUCUGUAUCAAUUGUAAUGCCAAAAAAACAGUGUUUGCGUUAUGUUUCAGGAUGCUGGAGUUUGUUGCGUCUCGUCCAGCUAUCAGGACUGCACAAACAGGCAUCGCUUUGCUCCUUAGGACAAUGUGCAUAAUUUUGGGGAUUUCAGGGCUGAAAUAACCAAGAAUGACAGUGGCUUUUAUUUAACUAAAUAAAGCAAACCAGAAGAUAAACCUCAAGGGAGUUUUAAAAAUAAAAGGAGAGAGGUUUUAUUUUGAAAAAAACUACUGCUGCUUUUGGUUACAUUACCUAAUACUGUAUGAAUUGGUUUGGAUUUUAAAAUUCUGUUACUCUAAAGGUUUUGCAGAUAUGCGUAGAUUUAAUAGUCAUGUGACCGAAGUCCAACAGUUACUAAACUUAACAAGUUACUCUUACAAGUUACUGAACUUCUGCAAAUAUCUGCACUACAAAAUAUUAAAUAAAUUAAAUAAUAAUAUUAAUAAUCAUUUUCUUAAUCAGUAUUUUUUUUUUUUUUAUCUUGCUUUGCACUAAAAAGAUAUCUAAACACACUAUUAAAAACAAGACAAAUUUACUAAACAAGCAAUUAAUGUAAGAUAAUAAGACAUGCUUUAUCUACAAUUAAAGGAUUAUUCCCGGUUCAGUACAAGCGCAGUUAACAGCAUUUGUGGCAUAGUGUUGACUUCCACAAUAAAUCAUUUAGACUCGUCCCUCCAUUAUAAAAAAGCAACAACAACAAAAAUAAAAGGCAAAAAUUGCGGUUACUGUACGGCACUUACAAUGGAAGUGAAUGGGGCCAGUCCAUAAAUGCUAAAAUACACAUAAUUUCAAAAGUAUAGCCACAAGACGUAAACAUUAUACAUGUUAGCAUGAUUUUAGUGUGAUAAAAUUGCCUACUAACCAUAUCCGUGUAACAUGCCACAAAUGCUGUUGAUUGAGCUUAACUUGUAUUGAACCCAAAAUAUUCAUAUUAUUCAUAUUCAUAUAAAUGUACCACACUGGCAAGUUUUUUUCUUCUUAUAUUAAGCAUAAACGUCACUAAAUUAUGUUAUAUUUAUUCUUAAAACAAGAAAGAACUAUUUGACAAUGGGGUAAGAAAAAACAUAACUGAAGGGAUAUAAUCUGAAGAGCAAAUCUUAAUAUAUUUUGUCACUUCUCAAGUGAAGCUUUUUUACUGAAAAAAAAAAAAAAAACUAGACAGAAAUACUGAUUAAGACAAUUAUUUUUUGCAGUGUACAGCUUGGUUUCCACUCUCACAUGUUUGUUCUGGUUUCAGAUAGAUAUUGUUUUCAUAACCUCCUGCGUUCAAGAAUGCUUCCUCAGCUGUUGCUUACGGGCAUUUUUUCUCUUAGUGGUAAACGCUUGAAUUUCCUAAAACAUUCCUUUAAUUACUACUUUAGAUUCACUGUUGGAUAGUCAAUGUGUACCAUACCUUAUAAAUUAUAACCUUUUGUUAGUUGAUAGUUUGCCGCACUUUUCUUGGCAAAGUAUGCUUGCACUGACCACUAUACUUCUGAAUUAAAAAUAGGAUCUAUUAAGUCUGAUUUCAGGAUAACUUUCAUGUCAACUCAAGAACAUUGGUCUGAUUAGUUUUGGUUUCUGGCCAGAUUUACCACAUCAAGUACACAGAAAAUUCUUGAAUUGUGCCACAAGCCCUAUUUAGGGUUUAAAGGUGUAAUCCUGACCUGAUAAAUCACAUUAUCAGUGACGAAUUGCCACUGGCGGGACCAAACGGUAGAGAACUGAAGUAUGUUGAUGUCUCGGGUUUUACAUUGGUUUGUUACCUCUGACAGAGUUAUCAAUAUAUUUGUGUCAUCAACUUUGACUACAAGGUUUCGAUUCUGGUAUAUUCAACUGUGUCACUUUAUGUACAUUAUAAUGGACUAAAUGCUUGAAAAAUAACAGAGGUAGAGGUUUUACAAAGCAGCCAUUUGACAACAUUGUAUUGUCAGUAUUGUCAUAGUGUGUUCGUGGUGAGAUGUCAUUGAAAAUAGAAAAAAAAAGUGUAUUUUUUCAGUGCUUUGUAUGAGUUGCUAUGCAAUUCCAAUUAGAUAAGUGUAUAUAAUCUGUCAAACAUUUUAAAAAUGUGUGAACAACCUGUUCCGAUAUACAGGUCUUGCAUUUGUAUGUGAUAUGAACUUAGAUCAAGUUAAUGUUUUAUUUAUAAGAUAAGACUUGUUAGGUAUUCAAAAGGAAUAGUCAUAUAUUUGUUCCUCUUGGCUGGUUUGUUACUGUCUAUACUUGAAAAAAUUAAAUAAAGUCCUUUAAAACAAA